CCUCUACCAAAAUGCGUCCAUAUUGCUACCUUUCUACCCUGUGCUAUCCUUCACAGUGCAUCCACAUAACUCCCACCACACAAACCAACUAGCCCAGCCAGCCGGCGCUCGGGACCAUCCCGACCGUCGGAGGGGAUGGAGACGGCUAUCGGCGCGGCAGGCUGGCUUGUCGGCAAGGUGCUGAAUAAGCUCUCUAAUGAGUUGGUGGCCGCGUAUGUGGCCAGCUCCGAGCUCGGCCUCAACUCCGAGCAGAUCAAAACCAAGCUCAAGUACAUGCAAGGGCUACUGCACGCGGCCCAGGACAGGGAUGUGAGCAGCAACCCUGGCCUGCAGAGCCUGCUGGACGACCUAAGCAAGAAGGCUGAUGAAGCUGAGGACGCGCUGGACGAGCUCCACUACUUCAUGAUCCAAGACCAGUUGGACGGCACCCAGGAGGCUGCCCCGGAGCUGCGUGAUGCCCUCCGUGGUCAUGCUCUCCAUGGUCGCGAUGCUGCUCUCAACAUCAUCGGUAAUUGGCUUCCAUUCUUUUCUUGCUUGCGUACACAAGAUGAUGAUUGUGCUGCUGCGAUUGCUGGGAACCUGAAAUUCGACAGGGUGACCAUGUCCAACAAAAUCAAAUCAGUGAUAGAUGGCAUACACAACCUGUGUGAUCCUGUCUCCGACUUGCUGAAUAAAAUUCCAAAUACAAACACAACUAUCACCCUCCAAAGGCCCCACACGGGUUCAACAGUUGCACAAGAUAAACUGUAUGGGAGGGGUGCCAUUUUUGAGCAAACAGUAAAUGCUCUGAUCAGUGGCACAUAUGAUGGUGAAACCCUUUCUGUUCUUCCUUUUGUCGGUCCUGGGGGUAUAGGAAAAACAACUUUCACUCAAUACUUGUAUAAUGAUAAAAGGAUUGAGGGACACUUUACUGUCAAGGUCUGGGUAUGUGUGUCAACUGAUUUUGAUGUGCUUAAGCUCACCCGGCAGAUCCAUAGCUGCAUACCUGCAAUUGAAAAAGAAGAAUACAACUGUACACAUGAAACAGCCAAUUUAGACCAGCUUCAAAAAUCCAUCGGAGAGAGGCUGAAGUCCAAAAGAUUUUUAAUUGUCUUGGAUGACAUUUGGAAAUGCAAUAGUCAAACUGAUUGGAAUAACCUGUUAGCUCCAUUCCGACAGGGGGAAACCAAGGGCAGCAUGGUUCUUGUCACAACUCGGUUUCCAUCUAUAGCACAUAUGGUGAAAACCACUGAUCCAGUAGAACUACAUGGUUUGGAGCCUAAUGAUUUCUUUGAGUUCUUUGAAGCAUGUAUGUUUGGUCAUAGCAAACCCGAGCAUUAUGAAGAUGAGCUAAUUGAUGUCGCAAGAGAUAUUGCGAAGAAACUAAAGGGUUCACCACUAGCAGCCAAUACAGUUGGUCGAUUAUUGGAAAAAAACCUUUCUCGGGACUAUUGGAUUGGAGUUCUUGAAAAGGAUGAAUGGCAAAAUGCCAAAGAUGUUGAUGAUAUUAUGCCAUCUCUGAAAAUUAGUUAUGAUUGCCUCCCUUUCCUUCUGAAAAAAUGUUUUUCUUAUUUUGCCCUCUUCCCUGAAGAUUAUAGGUUUUAUAAUUUAAAAUUUACUAGCUUUUGGACCGCGAUAGGUAUCUUAGACUCUAGUUGCCAAGACAAUAACAAUUACUUAGAAGAACUAGUGGACAAUGGUUUUCUCAUGAAGGGAGUUGAUAAGUCUAAUGAUGAGUACUAUCUGAUGCAUGAUUUAUUGCAUGAUCUAUCCCGUAAUGUUUCAUCACAAGAAUGUGUCAAUAUAAGUAAUUCAAGUUUUAGUGCUGAUAACAUCCCACAAUCUAUUAGGCACUUAUCAGUCACCAUAGACACAAAGAAUAUAGAUGAAAAUUUUGAGGAAGAAAUUGGUAAAUUGAAGAGCAUGAUAGACGUCAAAAAUUUGCGGUCAUUGAUGAUUUUUGGAUAUCAUGAUGCAAGAAUAGCUAAUAUUUUUAAAAAUGCAUUUGAAGACAUAAAUUGUCUUCGAGUUCUGUUUAUAAGAAUGAACACUCCAGAAUCUUUGCCAAACAACUUCUCAAAUCUUAUCCACCUUCAGUACCUUAAAAUUAGUUCACCCUCCUUAAAGGAAAUGAGUUUACCUAGCACAUUGCAUAGAUUUUACCACUUGAAAUUCUUGGACCUUGAAAAUUGGCAUGGUAGUAAAAAAAUGCAUAAAGACACUAGCCGCCUUGUGAAUUUAUGCUAUUUUUCUUCUUCUAAAAAACUCCAUUCCAAUAUUCCUGAGGUUGGAAAGAUGAAGUGUUUACAUGAGCUAAAAGAGUUCUGUGUUAAGAAAGAGAGUACUGGAUUUGAAUUGCGCGAGAUGGGGGAACUGAGAGAGCUCGGAGGUGAACUCACUCUAUGUAAUCUUCAAACCGUGGCAUCCAAGGGAGAUGCUAGUGCAGCCAAAUUGAAGAACAAAAGAAAUCUGAAAGAGCUGAGGUUAGUUUGGGGUACAGAGCACAAGACUAUAGAUGAUGAUGUUCUUGAUGGUCUUCAACCACACCCUAAUCUUAGGGUGCUUGGCAUUAUAAAUCCUGGUCAACGCCCUUGUCCUAGAUGGUUGUGUGGUGACGUUAGCACAAAAAGGUUGGAGAUGCUCCAUCUAGAGGGCCUAUCAUGGUGUACUCUUCCAGAUUUUGAGCAGCUACCACAUCUCACCAGUCUCACUUUGAAGAAUAUUGCCAGAAUGCGUGUGUUCGGGCCUGGCUUUAGUGGUGUUACAGAAAGAAGCUUCAUGCACCUGAAGAAACUUGAGUUUGAGAAUAUGCCAGAGCUUGAGAAGUGGGUCAGGGAACCUAAUCCCCGUCUAUUUUCAAGGCUUGAAACCAUCAAGUUUGCAGGUUGUCCCCUUCUCAGCUUUUUUCCCUUCUUGGAGUGCUCUAACCUAUUUACAAGCCUGUGUAGUCUUCAUAUUGAUAACUGCCCUGAGUUGUCUCAGUUCCCACCCAUGCCUCACACCUCCACACUAACAGAUAUUCGUGUGAAAAAUGGUGGGUCGGAGCUAUUAUAUGAUGGUAAGAAAUUGAGCAUUGAAGGGUAUGCCGGUGCUUUGGCUUUCCACAAUAUGGAUAAAGUAGAGGUUAUGAAUAUUACGGAUGUGUCACACAUUUCGUUUUCAGACCUCCAAAAAGUAAAGUCAUUGAGAAGUAUACAUUUCAAGAAAUGCAAAGACAUGUUUUCUGCAGAACUGGAUGAGAGUGCUGUCCUCCAUUCAGUUCAAACUCUUGUCAUAGAUGAAUUAUGUCCUUCUGGAGAAUUGGUUUCUAUUUCUGGAGAAUCGUUUUCUAAGGUUUUAAAGUGUUGCCCAGCUGUUUCCCAGCUUACCAUCAGAAAUUGUGAGAGCCUUGAGCUUCUGCCUGUGGAGGAUGGAGGACUCUUGGACCUCGAGAUGCUCCGAUCAUUUAUUGGAUGGGGUUGUGGGAAUUUGUUCUCUCGGUGGCCCAAGGGAGAAGUUGGUGGAGGAGCUCAUGCCAUCAAGCCUUUCCCUACUUCCCUCAGGGAACUUGAUAUUUCCUUUGAGUCAAGCAUGCAGUCAAUGGGUUUGCUCUCAAACCUCACGUCUCUCACCAGUCUAAGACUGGUAAGUGGUUGCAAAGAAUUAACAAUGGAUGGGUUCAAUCCUCUCAUCACAGUCAACCUCAAGAAAUUGAUUGUAAAUGCUAUGCAUUCUAGACAAGGGAACAUAUCUAUAGCAGGGGAUCUGUUCUCACAGAUUGCAAGGAGCAACUUAAUGCAUGCAGGUUCAUUCCAGUUGGAAAAAUUAGAGGUGGAUAGCAUAUCGGCCGUGCUUACUGUUCCCAUUUGCAACCACCUUGCUGCAAGCCUCCACACAUUGAAGUUCAGUUAUGAUCAGUGUGCAACAACCUUCACGGAAGAGCAAGAGCAAGCGCUGCAGCUCCUCACCUCCCUCAAAAAUCUAGAAUUUCAUGAUUGCAACAACCUGCAGUCCUUCCCUCAAGUGUUACAUGGCCUUUCUUCUCUGAAGAGACUAGUGAUCUUCGGUUGUGAGAAAGUCCUAUGCCUGCCGCCCAAGGAGGGCCUCCCCGCUUCACUGGAAUAUCUGGCAGUAUGCUGUUAUAGUACUGAGCUAAAUGAGGAAGCCAGAAAGCUGAAAGAAAGUGACCCAUGGUUUUCUGUACAAGCACUAGGGCUAUAGAACUAAACUAGGAAGGAGCAGCGAGAGAGAGAGAGAGAGAGAGAGAGAGAGAGAGUGCUCGCGAACGGGGAAUCUUCGCCGCUCCCCCUCCCCCCUCUCUCUCUCUCUUGACCAUCGCCGCCGGUUGCGCGCGCGGGCGGCGGUGGAGCGGAACUAUGGCGGCCGGCGGGGAUGGUCGCAGGGUCGCAAAAUCGCAGUGAGCUGGUCGUGAGCUGUUCGUGCGCACGCGUCGGUACCAUUUUAGUAGGUGCAGCAGGAUCCAUCAAUCAUUCCCCUGAAUCCUUAUGAAUUUCUGGGUAAGAAGCAGCAGGCAAAGGGCAUGAGAAGGCAGCAGGUGUGCCAAAUAUGUGGCGACACUGUAGGCGGUUCGGCCUACGGUGGCGUCUUUCUUGCCUGCAACAAGUGUGCCUUCCCAGUCUGCCGCCCUUGCUAUGAGUACGAAUGCAAGGAAGGGAACCAGUGAAGGUGCCAGACUAGAUACAAGAGGCUGUGAAAGGUUUUAUCGGUCUGCCGUUAGCAUGAUUUGAUUCUGCAAACUAUGCCUCAUCUGGAAAGGAACAACACUUCUGAUGGUUAUGUGGCAACCAACUCUCCAUUCUCAGACUGUGCCCCUGUCUUCUUCGAUGAAACAACCAUUGUGAACAUGUAGACGUGUUCGUGGUCGAUCCAACGAAGAUCGUGACACAUACUAUAUGGCGUUUGUUUUUCGUUGGUCUUUAGUUUGCAAUAUCAAAAAAGAAAGGAGGUUAAGUCCUUAAAUUUCUAUGGCUCAUUGGCCUUGUGCAGUCAUAGUGGGCUUCCUAGUGAUUGGAUGGCUUUUGUUCCACAAAAAUUAACAAUCUGGGUGGAGAAUCAUUACCUAAAUGCCAAUUGCAGUCAAUGCUGGAUUCUCGCAGUUAGUGGCUUUGCAUGCAGAACAAUUGCAACCAGUAGCGUAUUCUGACCACAAUUCCGAAGGUUUCCCUCUCAAUUUGCCGACCUAAACCCACAAGAAUUCACGACUAAGACAAUUGCACUGGGAAUUUGGUCAGCAGGUCCACCGUUAAGCAAAUUAAGGGAGGAACGACGCCCUUGCUAUGGCCCGCUUCUUCCUGAGCGGCGAACCAGGCCUCCCUCCCUGACAUGCUGUGCUCCACGAUUCUGCAGAACAAAUUGCAACCAACGGUGACUCGUGAGCUCUUGUGGUUAGCAGUGUUGUAUUGAGGGCAUACCUCCUUCAUCCAAAUAAUAACAGUAUUUACAAUAGCAGCAACUCCACCAAGGUUUUCCACUGACUGCACUCCCUAGUCCCUACUGGCAAAGCCAAACUCGAAGGAGUCUUGAUUCAUGGCUGCUCCCGACGAUGGUUAGCAUGAUCUGUCCGUGUUCUCCCAUCUGGGAAUUCGUCUGGCUCCCGACAUAUACUCUGAAGCUUAAAUUGGUGGUAUCAUAUUCUUUGUCCAGGACCCCGGGAUUGAUGCUGUAUCUGCUCUACAGUUGCCAAGGCGAUGACGCACGCCAAGCCAUGGCGUCUCACUCCCUCAACAACGUGCUCACCGCGGCCCGCCCCGCUAGCUGUAUGCUCUGCAACUCCAGUAGUCCCAGCUCCCAGAUUGACCUCGCCAGCUUCAACUCCUGCACGGCAUAUUGCCAUGUCACCGGCGUAAUUUGGGGCCGACACCAAGCUUGCUACCAGUUCGGCCUAUCCACCUUGAAGCAAAUGAAGUGCCUACAUAGGAACAUCUGUCCGAACUUGACUGAAAAUUCAAAUGCUACCAUAUUCAGUGUCCAGGAAUUCGGAGUCGUUGCUGCAAAGCGGUACGCCAGUACCUCAUUCGAUCCUGCGCCUCGGGUUCGCACAUCAGCUCUGCUUAUUCUGCCUCCUACGCAAGACAACCUCACCAUCUUCGACCCCGGCACUGCCUGGGCCCACCUCACCGGCGCAACUUGGGGCUGAGACCGAGGGGCUCAUCAUCCACGCCCUGAUGUUCCGCGCCAUUAGCACCAUGUGUACAUGGAUACACCUGCAUGUAUCUGUUAGAUGAACUACUUGACAGACAUGAACACGGAUUAUCAUCUUCCUUGUGAAAGAGUACACGUUGAUUCGUCGUGUAGAUGAUAAAUGUAUAGACUUAUGUGACAGCAAGGCACAGUUUAGAUUCGUCGCCAAAAGAAGGCACGGUUUAGAUUAUCUUGAUGACACCGAGACAUCAGUUAACUUGUCUUGCUUGGACUGCCUGGUGUGCUGUGUGCAUAAUCGAGGCAGAAAUCAAUAUGACUUGCCCUGAGUUUCAAGA